GGUACGGUCUAUACUUAGGUAUAAUUACCUAUUCUAUUCCAUGAUUAGGGGUAAGGGCUACGAUGGGUUGCGGGGGAUGCAAGGAUGGAUGGACGAUGACACCCUGCGGGGAGGCCAAUUGGCUAUACCACACGGCAGUACGCCGAAUCAAUAUAGACGCUCUUUUCACGUUGAGAAAGGAUUGACGGCUUACGCUCGUGAUCGAUUACUGGUGGACGUGGCUUCACAUGCUUAGUAGGACUUGAUAAGGUCUAGAUACCUAGGCAUCUAUUUGCAAGAUACAUAUAUUAUGUCUAAAGAUGUUCUAAUCAAUCGAUAAUACGAAUAGAAGUAUCGUUAGAAGCUUACACAUGAAGGCGGGUUAAGUCACGAUGCUAGCUCAAGUUUCAUUCAAUCAUAUUGGCCUUGCUGGAGCCUUGUUACUGGUUUGCGCCUUGAUCUACUAUGUGGUUCAACUAAAGAGGCAUGAGUUGAGGAUCAAGAAGAUAGGAGGAGUGCGAGCCCCCCGUCUAACAAGGAACCCUCUCGUAGCGGCCUCGUGGUUUCUUGAUACAGCAAAGGCUAUGAUGAGGAAUGAGCUCCUGGAGCAAUACAAUAGUUUCUUCGACGCGGCGACUCCUGAAUGUCCGGAUUUGAUCGAGAUCCAGAUAUUCCCACGGGAGAGAUAUCUUUUCACUAGAGAUCCGGAGCAUAUCAAAGCAGUACUCGCGGCUCAGUUUGCCGAUUACGGGAAAGGACCCCGAUUCCACGAUCUAUGGAGACCCUUUCUUGGAGAUAGCAUCUUCACGACCGAUGGUCAGCUUUGGCACGAUAGUCGUAGCUUGAUUCGUCCGAUGUUUGUAAAAGAUAGGGUCGCUGAUUUAGCCACGUUCGAAAAAUGGAUGAUGAAGCUCCUUGCGAAGCUUCCAUCUCAAGGACAAACUGUCGAUAUCAUGGAUCUUCUCUAUCGAAUGACUCUGGAUGUUACCACGGACUUCCUUUUAGGGGCCAGUGUUGACAGCUUAAGCAAUCCUCAGAGUGGAUUUGCAAAGGCAUUCAAUGACGUCCAAAGGAUCCAGAUGUUGGUCACUGCUAUCGGGCCAUUUGAAGCCCUUGUUCCCCGUCAUCAAUACAAUGAAGGGAUCCGGGUUAUAGACCAAUUUAUUAUGCCAUACAUCGAGCAGGCACUUGCAUUGCCGCAAGAGGAGCUAGAGAAGCUCUCCAACUCCGACAAGCACUUUACCUUCCUACACAAUAUAGUACGAUAUACUCGCAAUCGUCAAGCACUCCGCGACCAAAUCAUCGCUGUGCUCCUGGCCGGCCGCGACACGACAGCUGCAACACUAUCGUGGGCAUUUUAUGAGUUGUCUCACUAUCCCGAAAAGUAUAAGAAGCUUCGUGAUGAGAUCAUUAACUCUGUUGGUCGCACGCGAACUCCGACGUACCAAGAUCUCAAGGAUAUGCCGUAUCUGCGACAUACCCUAAAUGAGACACUCAGGCUUUAUCCUGCCGUUCCGUAUAACAUACGGGGGGCGCUGAGUGACACAACCCUGCCAGGUAAACCAGGCCAGCCGCCUAUCUCGGUAGUAAAGGGCGACAUCGUAUUCUACAGCACGCUCGCGAUGCAGCGGCGGAAAGAAUUGUAUCCUCCCGUAUCGGAGAAGUUCGAAGAUCCUGCACUCUUCUCACCUGAGAGGUGGGAGAACUGGAUACCCAAGUCUUGGCAGUACGUGCCCUUCAACGGCGGACCGCGUAUUUGCGUAGGUCAAAACUUUGCUUUGACUGAGAUGGCUUAUUGCAUGGUCAAAAUCCUUCAGAAAUACGAGCGCAUCGAGUACCGUGGGGAUUGGUAUGCGCAGAAACUCGAGACGGAGGUCGUGGCUAAGCCUAGCCAGGGAGUUAACAUCGCCUUGUAUGAAGAGCUCUUGGAGGUAUCAGAGGAUCAAUGAUCUUUGUAUGUUUAGAGAUAAGCUUGAUCUCCUCCAUAUGUUAUAAAAUUGUUAGUUGUAAUUGAAUACUCGGC